AUGCGGGGUGCAUCGACCUCCUCCUCCUCCUCGUCUUCCAGAAUUCGUCGAAGUCAUCGUCAUCGGCAAAAUACUAGACGAACUUCCAGGGUGGUGAUUCAUAGCGCUUUGUAUACGGGAACACCGGCGGAUUUCAAGGAAAAGGGGGAUCAAAUUUCAUUCGACUCUUGGGACCCGCUCGGGUUAUUAUCGGCAUCAUCUCAUUCUGCUUUUGACGAGCGCGCGCAAGAUUCCCUCUUUGGGUUUGGUGGUAUGAUGAGAACGAAGAGCAAUAAAAAGAGCAGCAGCAAAAACAACAAAAACAGCAAGAAGAAGGAAAACACGAGUAGCAACAAACGCACGACCAGUAGCAGACAAUCGACGAAAACGUCCGCGUUUGGGACGUCCAGCGGUGGUGACGACGAUGGGAACUUCGGGGACUUCUUCUCUGGAGAUCUUCCGCAAAAAGUCGCGACUAUCCUUGCGUUGCUCGUCGUCUCUAGAAUUGGCGCGUACAUUCCAAUCAGUGGUGUCGAUAGAACGGCGUUUGCAGAGUCACUUUCGAACACUGGGGGUGUGAUGAGUUACGUGGAUACGUUAACCGGCGGGUCUAUUUCUAAGCUUGGUAUUUUCUCGCUCGGUAUCGUGCCGUUCAUCAACUCGAGUAUUAUCUUUCAGUUGCUUUCGUCUGUAUUUCCAGAAUUGCAAAAGCUCCAAAAGGAAGAGGGUGAAUCUGGGCGACGUCAGUUUAUGCAGUAUCAACGAUAUGGGGCGCUCGCAUUCGCGUUGAUCCAAGCCGUAGGCCAGUGCUUGUACGUCCGACCGUACGUGGACGAUUUCUCCGUCAUGUGGUUAGCUGAAUCAACCGCAGUUCUAACAGCUGGUGCAAUGAUUCUAAUGUAUAUCGGUGAAGUUUUGAACGAGUUGAAGUUGGGUAACGGGACGUCACUUUUGAUUUUCGCCAACAUCGUCUCGUCGUUGCCUUCCUCGAUUGGUCAAACGGUUGAACAAAGUAAAACGGAUGGGAACGGAGCAUUUACCUUAGCCGUGUUCUUCGGUGCAUUCUUACUUUCGACGCUCGGCGUGGUGUACGUUCAAGAAGCCGAGCGUAAAAUUCCCAUGCAAUACUCGACAAAGUUCAACUCGCAAGGAGCUGGAUUAUCGAAAUCGUCGUACUUGCCGUUCAAAGUGAAUUCCGCUGGUGUCAUGCCGAUUAUUUUUAGUUCUUCGUUGAUGGCGUUACCGGCAACAUUGGCGAGAUUUACUGAUAACGGUGCCGUUACAUCUGUAGCGAAGUUUAUUUAUCCUGGAGGUGCUGGGUACAUACCCGUGAACGUAGCUUUGAUCUGUUUCUUCAACUAUUUCUAUACGUUUUUACAGCUCGAUCCGAAAGAUGUCGCGGAACAGUUGAAGAGACAAGGUGCGUCCAUCCCGGGUGUUCGACCGGGUAAAAACACGAGAGAGUACAUUACAAGAGUGUUAGAGAGGCUAUCUUUGCUUGGUUCCCUCUUUUUAGGUUUCCUUGCGUUGACACCGGGCGGAGUCGAGAAACUCACCGGGUUGCAAACCUUCAGAGGUUUCGCCGGGACGAGUUUGUUGAUUCUCGUCGGCGUGGCCACUGAUUGCGCCAGGAAGGUAAAGUCAGAGCUCGUGAUGCAAAAAUACUCAACCUCGAUUGAAGACUUUUAUAAGAAAUAA